GGCGUGGUCUAGAGUUCAGUGAGAAGGUUAAAAGGUUAAACUAUGGUUAAACGUAUCUAUAGCAAAAUUUUCCACUUAAUGCACACAACCACACACGUGGUUGGUUACCCCGUAAUACAGUGACUAUCAUCCCUUCUCCUUUGUCAAUACAUUCUAGGCUAGGUAGUAAUGGACGGAGAUUUGUACGAUGAGUUUGGUAACUACAUUGGCCCCGAGCUGGAGAGUGAUGACAGUGAGGGGGAGGGUGGAGAUGGGGACAAAUCUCCAGACAUGGGGGAAGAGGAGGGAGAAGGUAGCGAUGAUGGUGUAGCCAUGGAUACAAGUGUGGUUGUGGCCGGUGCUGGUCAUGAGAUGGCAGUGGUCCUCCACGAGGACAAGAAAUAUUACCCAACAGCUGCAGAAGUGUUUGGUCCUGACGUAGAGACCGUGGUUCAAGAAGAGGACACUCAACCGCUGACAGAACCAAUCAUAGCCCCCGUAAAGAAGCACAAGUUUGCCCACACUGAGCAGGAGCUGCCCACCACCACCUACGAGAUGGAGUAUCUGGCGGACCUCAUGGACAAUGCUGAGCUCAUCAGGAACGUGGCCAUUGCUGGUCAUCUGCACUGUGGCAAGACAUGUUUUAUGGACAGCAUGCUUGAGCAGACCCAUCCUGAUAUAACCACAAGAGAGGCUAAAGAUCUACGGUACACAGACACACUGCUCACAGAACAAGAGCGUGGCCUGAGCAUCAAGGCCACGCCCCUCUCCCUCAUGAUGCCGGACCCUCGUGGCAAGUCGUACUUGAUCAACGUGUUUGACACCCCAGGGCAUGUGAACUUCUCCGAUGAGGUGACUGCUGCCUUCAGGCUUUGUGAUGGUCUCGUACUGUUUGUGGAUGCUUCAGAAGGGGUGAUGAUGAACACAGAGAGAUUGCUAAAGCAUGCAGUUCAAGAGAGACUGGCUGUUACACUCUGCAUCAACAAGAUUGACCGGCUGAUCUUGGAGCUGAAGCUGCCUCCCACUGACGCUUACUUCAAGCUCAAACACAUAGUGGACGAGGUCAACAGUCUACUGAGCAUCUACUCCGAUAAGGAGGAGGGGUCUAUCGUCUCACCUCUCCUUGGCAACGUCUGCUUUGCAUCCAGUCAGUAUGGGUUUUGCUUCACACUGCGGUCGUUUGCUAGGAUCUACACUGAUGCUUACGGUGGUAGUUUCUCACCUACCGAGUUUGCCAAGCGACUUUGGGGGGACAUUUACUUCAACAACACAAAACGUACAUUCACUCGUAAGCCCCCCAGUGUGGAUGCGGCCCGCAGCUUUGUCGAGUUCCUGUUGGAGCCACUUUAUAAGAUAUUCGCUCAGACAGUAGGAGAUGUGGACACUACACUACCACAGGUACUGGAUGAGCUCGGUAUUGCCAUGACCAAGACUGAGAUGAGGCUCAACAUUAGACCACUCCUCAGACUCGUCUGUCAGAGAUUCUUUGGAGAGCACACCAGUUUUGUUGAGAUGUGUGUGCAGCAUAUUCCGUCUCCAGUGGCUGCUGCCAAGACCAAGAUAGAGCACACGUACACUGGCCCUGUGGACGAUGAGUUAGGGGACUCUAUGCUGGCCUGUGAUCAAGAGGGUCCUCUGAUGGUGCAUGUGACCAAACUCUACCCCAACCACGAUGCUGCAGUGUUCCAGGCAUUAGGGAGAGUGCUCAGUGGAACAUUGUACAGUGGUCAGCAGGUGCGUGUGCUGGGUGAGAACUACACACUGGAGGAUGAGGAGGACUCUAAAAUAGGACAGGUUGGUCGUCUGUGGAUCUCUGAGGCUCGCUAUCAGGUUGAGAUCAGUCGAGUGCCAGCUGGUAACUGGGUGCUCAUAGAGGGAGUGGACCAGACCAUCACCAAGACAGCCACCAUCACACAGAUCAACGACUCAGAGGAUGCUCAGAUAUUCCGUCCUCUUAAGUUCAACACUCAGUCUGUGAUAAAGAUCGCCGUGGAGCCAGUGAAUCCAUCGGAGCUGCCCAAGAUGUUGGAUGGUCUCAGGAAGGUCAACAAAUCCUACCCGCUACUGGUCACUAAGGUGGAGGAGUCUGGGGAGCACGUGGUGUUUGGUACGGGAGAGCUCUACCUGGACUGUGUCAUGCAUGACCUCAGGAAGAUGUACUCAGAGAUAGACAUCAAGGUGGCUGACCCGGUGGUGGCCUUCUGUGAGACAGUGGUAGAGACAUCCUCUCUAAAGUGCUUUGCUGAGACACCCAACAAGAAAAACAAACUGACAAUGAUAUCGGAGCCUCUGGAGAAGGGACUGGCCGACGACAUUGAGGGGGAGGUGGUGCAGAUAGCCUGGAGCAAGAAGAAGAUUGGAGAGUUCUUCCAGAGCAAGUACGACUGGGACUUGUUGGCAGCUCGCUCCAUCUGGGCGUUUGGACCGGAGGCUACCGGACCCAACAUUCUGGUGGAUGACACUCUGCCUUCUGAGGUUGACAAGAGUCUUCUUGGUUCUGUGCGUGAGUCCAUCAUCCAGGGGUUCCAGUGGGGCACCAGGGAGGGGCCACUCUGUGACGAACCUAUCCGCAAUGUCAAGUUCAAGAUCCUCGAUGCUGUGAUCGCUGGUGAGCCCAUCCACAGAGGGGGUGGUCAGAUCAUACCCACUGCUAGAAGGGUCGCUUACUCAGCAUUCCUCAUGGCUACUCCUCGCUUGAUGGAGCCCUACUAUUUUGUGGAGGUGCAAGCUCCAGCCGAUUGUGUGUCCUCUGUCUACACUGUGUUGGCACGGCGACGAGGUCAUGUGACCCAGGACGCACCCAUCCCAGGCUCUCCUCUCUACACAAUCAAAGCGUUCAUUCCGGCCAUUGAUUCGUUUGGCUUUGAGACUGACUUGCGUACACACACACAGGGACAGGCUUUCUGUCUCUCUGUGUUCCAUCACUGGCAGAUUGUCCCCGGAGACCCACUUGACAAGAGCAUAGUGAUCCGUCCCCUGGAGCCACAGCCCGCCCCCCACCUCGCCAGGGAGUUCAUGAUCAAAACAAGGAGGAGAAAGGGCCUGUCAGAGGAUGUGUCCAUCUCCAAGUUCUUUGAUGACCCCAUGUUGCUAGAGCUAGCUAGACAGGACGUCAUGUUUAACUAUCCAAUGUAAACUCACUUUAUUGUAGAAAAAUUGUUAAGCCGACUUAUACAGAUUGAUGAGGUAAGCAGUUGAAA